UCGGCCAAGCCGGCCGCGUCAUGUGCAUCCAGCUUCCCAGCUACAAAAACAAGCGCAGCAGCACAAACACAAGCCGUCGGAUUCCCGCGCGGAUUGGUGGAUCGGGCGAUCCAAGAACUCCGUGCGAACCCUUAACACAUUGAGGAGGAGGAGGAGGAGGAGGAGGAGGAGGAGGAGGAAGGCGCGCGGGCGCCUCGGCGCCACUGGCCCGUGCGGGUUCGCACCCGGGGCGCCCGGGCUGCCGCCAGCCGGGCGCGGCGGCACGGCGCCGUGCACGAAUUGCGCGAGGGCGCCACGAGGAGAAGCAGAGAGCAGGGAGCGGCGGCGAAAGAGAGAGAGAGAAAGAGAGAGAGAGAGAGAGAGAAGAGAGAAGAGACGUCGGCCUGGGAUGAUCGAAUUGGCCGUCCCCACAACACUACCAUGAAUUCCGCGCUUCGUCUUGCAGCGCUCAUUCGUCAGACUGAAGUGCUCCCUCCACUAGCCCACUUCGGCGGGUGGAGCUUCAGGGUGCCAAAAUCUUUGCACCAAGAGUACCCUACAGAGCUGAAGCUCCUGCUGACAAUCAUCAACACUUAUGCGGGCGGUCACCGCUAAAAGGUGAGCUCGGAAAGAGCAUGCCAGAACAUCAAGGCCUGGCGGGCAAUGAGCUGACACCGAGCUUAUCGUGCCACCCGUCCCCGAAGCUUGGAAUACAGCGCGAGCGCUGGGGGGCCCUUGGCGAGCUUGCUCGCCGCGCCAGGGACCUCUGACCAGAGCACGCUGCGGCAGGCUGCGGGAUCUCUUGUCUUCUCUUC